UUAACAAAGCAAAGCAUAUAUCAUUUUCUUAAUCCGGAGUGCACGCAGCCGCUUUAAUUUAAUUGGCAAGAGCAAAAUGCACACAGUGGAGACGCUCAGCAAGCGCCUCACUUCAGCUUCCUGAACAAUCCUCUGGUAGCCACAGAGGAGUUGUCGCUGUAGCAUGUCUUCAAGCUCGGCGAGGGAUGGCGCAGGCGGGAGCUCGCGGAACUACCGCAGCGGCUUCGCCAGGAACCUCGCGAGGCUCCCGUCCAGCAUCGUGGAAGGGCUGUCGAGGUCGAUAGCCCGCCGGGCUCCGAGGAGCCGCCCGCAGGGCAUCCAGGUCCCCCAGCACCACCAGCCGCCGCCGCAGUGGCCUCCUCUUCCAGCUGCCACUCCUACUCCUCCGCCUUUCGUGCCGGAGGAGCUGUUCUUCUUCAGCGCGUUCGAGCAGCAGUACGGCGGCCACCACCCGUUCUUCUACGGGUGCCGGCUCAGCGAGGUCCUGGCGAUCGCCCGGCGAGAGGGCAAGCACGUGUUCGUGUACCUCCACGACCCGGCCCACCCGUACACCGAGCCCUUCUGCCGGGGCACGCUCUGCUCGGACGUGGUGGUGGAGUUCCUCGACGCCAACUUCGUGUCCUGGGGCGCGGUCACCGGCAGAGGGGAAGGGUCGAGCAUGGCCGCGUCGCUGCAGCCCGGCAGCUUCCCGUUCUGCGCCGUCGUCGCCCCGGUCUCCAGCGAAAGCAUCGCAGUCCUACAACGGGUAGAAGGGCCGGUCACGCCGUCGGAGCUCGUGGAGAUGUUGCAGAGAACCAUCGACGAGCAACGCGUUGCUUUUCGAGCCUCGAUGGCUGACGACCAUGCUGCGGCAUUCAGAGCCUCUAGGGCUGAGGAGGAAGAGAGGAGGAGAUCGGCUCUACGGCUGCGGCAAGAGCAGGACGCAGCUUACCUCGAGUCACUUCGGAAGGAUCAGGAAAAAGAAAGAUCCAAAAGGACUCUUCAGGAGGGAACCGCAAGGCCAAAGCCAAAGCCAAGCACGAAAUAUCCUGGCCAGGCAGGUAGAGAAACUAGCAGGACAACCCAGAUCAGAGCACCUGCGCAUAAGGAAACUGUACCUUCACACACAACGGAAGCAAACACCAAGGUAAUGAUAAGAUUUCCCAACGGCGAGAGAAGGCAGCAGAGCUUCCGUCACACGGACACAAUAAGGGAAAUCUACAAGUAUGCUAAUUCCUUGGGCAUACCUGGCAUAGGAAAGUAUCAACUUGUAAGGAGCUACCCAAGGAAAACCUACGGGCAUCAGCAGCUGGAGAUGAAUUUUGGAGAUGCAGGUUUCCAUCCGAGUGUGACACUGUACAUUGAGCAACUUUAGUAAAACAUGAUGUAACUACGAGACUGAAUGUAUAUUUGAUGCAAAUCAUGUAAUACAAACAUGCCAAGACAUGAAGGCGUGCAGCCAGUAUGAUCACGAAUUCACCAUUUGC